AGCACAUUGUUUUGGACACCCUUCUGGUGUGUGCUUUAAUGAUAAUUUGUUUUUCCCAUUGAUAUCGUAAACUAAAGUCUCAAGCAGAAUGACAUUAUAAUUUUCAAAAUCUACUGUGCAGUGACAAGAACGAUAGAAAAGUUCUCCAUUUUUUUUUCUUUUUGUUCUCUUGGUAUUUUCACGAACCUUCAACUAGUGUAAUGAGUAUCUGAUUUUUUUUUCCUUCUUCUUUUUGAGAUAGUGAUCCUUCUUAUUUGUCUAAGUGUGUAACUCCUGUCACCUAUUUGUCUAUUUUUAAGCAGACGAAGAGCAGCAAAUAAAGGAUAUGAACAUGAAUCAGUUGGGAGAAAUUUUAGAGAGUCCAAAGCUGUGCCAGUACCUGAUGCUAAUGCUGAGUUUCAGGCAACUAUGAGGAGACAAGGACAGUGUAAUUCUAAGUGCACUAUUGAGAAGUACAAUCCUCAAGAGGAUGGCCAUUACGGCUUCCACCAUGAACCUGCAAAGUCAAGAGCACUCAAUGUAUUAUCUCAUUCUGGCCAGUUAAUGCAUCCAAGUGUAUAUGGAUCCUCACGCAAUAUGAAUUUGAAAGAGGAAAAUCUCACUUGCCCAGAUCAUGGCUUUAGAUCAAGAAAGUCUGAGAUGAGAAAACAAAAAUUCUAAUGCCAAGGUAGUACUGCAAAAUUGUCAAGAUUUUCUAAUUCAGUUGCAGUUCGAGGUGAUUCACUGCUUGAUAUGAGUGGUGACUUUAGUGUGAAUUCGCAGUGGCCAGAAGAUCAAUUUGGCAUGAGAUAUAGCCAUCAGGCUGAUGGUGAGUCCAACAAAUUAUUAGAUGGACUCAAAUCUUCUCAGAAGAAGGACUUUCAUCCUGUUGAUAAGGAUUGUACUAAGGGCUAUGCUAACAAAAAUGCUCGCAUGCACCAUUCUGGACCGUUGCUGGCUCCAGAGGAUAAUCGUGAAGAAAUGCUUAAGGAACAUGAAAGGCAAAUCCAACAGGCUGUCCGCAAAGUUCGUUUGGGUGAAAUCCAUACCUUUCAGUGGAACUGGAAAGCACAAAUACAGUUUUCAGAAUAUUAAAGUUCCUCCUCUCCCUGUGCAUUUUUGUGAUUGUGAGGAGCAUUGUAAGCCUUUUGUCCCUGAAAGAGAAAAGCUAUCUAUUGAUAGGGCAGCUGAAAGUGGUGGAAUAAAUGAUGAAGAGAUUAGCAUAAUGAAUGCUGUGGUGAACAAGCUAUUUGGAAAAGAACAGGUUUCCAAUGCCAAGAACCUUGGAGAGGAGAAGGAUUCUUUUGAAUCACCUGAUGCUUUACAUUCUGAUGAAUGCGAAGAUAGUGCAACAGAUGAAGAUGAUCUCAUUAUUAACGUGGAGACAAAGAAAAAUAAAACAGCUUUAACAGAGAACAAGGAACUUCAAAGGAUCUUGGAAAACCAGGAUGUUCUUCAAAUUAUGGCAUUUAGAUGCAACUUACUUGAAGACAAAAGGUGUAUAGAGGAGCACACAUGGAUGCCAUAUCUGCUGUUUGAGCAAAUUGGAUGUAUUGAGAUAUGGAAGUUGGACAAGAGUGCCGUCAAGUUCUUGGAGACAUUGGUAAUUUGGAGGUGCCUAGAAUCACUGAAGGGAAAUUGAUUUCAAGGCCAAUAACAAGGAACAUCCAUGCAAAACUGUUGGCAAAUUAAGUGUUCUUUGCUAUAUCUUUAUUUGGCAAUGAACUUGAACUAAACAUCUAUCUAUGCAUCACGUUUUCAGUGAAUUUGUCCCUGUUGAUUGCAGAAUCUGGCAAAGGUGUUAGAAGUUGAAGCUAACAAGCAAAGAGCUACACAAGGGAAGAAAAACGUUAUUGUACCUGCACUAGACAAUGCUGCAAUUGUUCACCAAGAACAUGGCGCAGAACUUGGCCUUGUGCGCUACGAAACUGCAAAUUUGUUCCUCCCUUUAGUGACUGUCGCAACACCUGUGUAUGCUGCUCGAUGCACACUCAAUAGGAAACCCCUAUGAAAUGAUGAAAUCCUAAAGGACAUGGUAGGCUACACCACGCCACAAAUAAGAUAUUAGUAGUUUCAGGAGAGACAGGUUGUGGUAAAACAACACAGUUGCCACAAUUCCUUUUGGAAAAAGAAAUGUCUUGUUUGCGUGAAGCUGAUUUCAACAUAAUUUGUACUCAGCCUUGUCGAGUAUCUACAAUUUUUGUUGCAGCUCGAAUAUCUCCUGAAAGAGGUGAGAGUCUUGGGGAAGCAAUUGGAUACCAAAUCCGUCUUGAAUCAAAACGUUCUAUAGAAACACACCUUCUUUUAUGCACCACUGGUGUAUUACUUCAACAGUUGGUAAUAUUAGAUUCCUCUCAAAUUGAAAGUCUCCUAUUUUUUAGAUUCCAGAUCCUAUCUAAACAUGUUUAUGUUUCAGUUUUUCUUCUAUUGUCACUCAUUGGUAUUUGUCUGAGGUUUUGAUGUUCCCUAUGCUAUUUUUCCUAAGUUUUUUAAGGUUGCACGUCUCAUACUUAUAGUAAAUAUAAAAUCAUUUAUGAGCCUUCUUCUAAUAGCGUAAUCUUUUGAAUUGUGAGAGUUGAUGAUGACAUGGUAUAAUGGUCAGAAAAUUGUUUCUUGUCCCCAAUAUUCCAAAUAAAAGAAAAAUGAAUUUCAACAUAAGGUUAGUUUGUGCUUUUUCGGUCCUAAAUGCUCGUGUGAUCAAUUGAGUUAGAUAUAAAUUUAUAAAACUAAAUGUGAGCCUUCACCUAGUUUAAGUUUUUGGGACUGUUUCUGCAUGCAGAUUGUGUCACUGGUUCUUGUAUAGAACAUAAAAUUCAUACUGUGAGGAGAGGAUAGAAUAGCUAGGUGAUUACAAGAUUGGUCCAUAACUCAAUUUCUAUUUUUAAUUGGAAAGAGGAAGAAUAUAUAGUUGAGAAUUUUGCAUCUAUAUAUGGGAUGCUCUUAUAUUCUUCCUAGCAACUAGUGGGCUUGUUUUUACUGUCUUUGUUGUUAAAUAGUUACAAGACCCAGACUUGACAGGUGUUCCUCAUUUCCUGGUGGAUGAAAUUCAUGAAAGAGGCAUGAAUGAAGACUUUUUAAUUAUAAUUUUGCGUGACCUUCUUCCAAGGCGUCCGGAUUUGCGUCUCAUUCUGAUGAGUGCCACCAUUAAUGCUGAUAUGUUCUCCAAAUACUUUGCAAAUGCCCCAACAAUGCACAUACCGAUAUGCAUGAUUUUAUAUUUCAUAUUAACAAUUUAUAUUUGUGGAUUUCGAUGAAAAUAAAGUGUUCCUAUGUUUUUUAAUUAUAUUUGGACAUAUGUGCCAGGGAUUUACUUACCCUGUGGCAGAGCACUCCCUGGAAGAUGUAUUAGAGAAAACUCGAUACAGCAUGAAGUCAGAUUUUGAGAAUUUUAAGGGGAAUUCAAGGAGGAGAAGGAAACAACAGGAUUCAAAGAAGGAUCCUUUGACUGAAAUGUUUGAGGCAUGUAUAUUUGACCCAUCAAUCCGUGUCUUUAAAAUCUUCAUGAUGUAUUAGAUGCUUUGAAGUUGAAUUAUCAAUUUUAUUUUCUCCAUACUUGUGGAAUUAAGACUCUAAGAGUUAUUUGUCACUGAUUUUGUUUCUUGGCUUAAGUAGAGUCUUGUAUUUUUUUAGUGA